GUAAAAGUUGAUCAGAAAUGGAGAAUCUAAAUCCCCACGUAGUCUUCUUGCCCUUCCCAGCGCAGGGCCACGUCAAGCCCUUGCUCAAACUAGCAGAGCUUCUCAGCCAUGCCGGUUUCCAAGUCACCUUCAUCAACACCCAAUAUAUCCACCGCCGUCUCCUACUUUCCAUCGACGUCGACGCCUUCCAACGCCGCUUCCCCAACUUCCACUUCUUGUCCAUCCCCGACGGUCUGCCUCCUCACCAUCCACGCUCCCUCGAAUAUCUCCUCCCAUCUAUAGGCUCCGCCACCUUGGCUGCACUUCGUCGGUUGUUGGUUUCUGAUCUCCUCAACCGUACAGCCACCUGCAUAAUAGCAGACGGGAUUAUGCCUUCUUCUGCCGUAACCGCCGGUGAAGAAUUCAGGAUCCCUGUAUUGGCGUUCCGCACGUUCAGUGCUUGCUGCACCUGGACUAACUUUCAUUUGUCCAAGCUCAUUGAAGAAGGGGAAGUUCCAGUACAAGAUAAAGACAUGGACAAGCUGGUGACUUGCAUUCCAGGUUUGGAGAAUGUUUUAAGACGUCGAGAUCUUCCAAGUAUUUGCAGGGUCCAGAAAGCUGGGGAUCCCAUCUUGGAAUUCUUUAUCAAGGAGGCUAAGGCCAUGCUGGGAGCAUCUGCUCUAAUACUAAACACAUUCGAUGAACUUGAAGCUCCCAUGGUAUCUAAACUCACCUCUUUCUUCUCCAAAAUCUACACUAUCGGCCCUUUGCAUGCCAUCUCAAAUGUCCGUAUCAACGACGACCGAUCACAUUUAGCAUCCACAACAGGUAUUCUGUGGAGAGAAGACAGAGAUUGCAUCACUUGGCUCGAUUCCCAGCCAUUAGAAUCGGUCGUCUUCGUUAGCUUCGGCAGCAUAGUGAGCUUCGCGCAUGACCAAAUGCUCGAGUUUUGUCAUGGCUUGGUGAACAGUGGAAACCCAUUUCUGUGGGUCAUACGACCCGACUCAAUCAUCGUAGAAGAUGGUGAUUCGGGUCAACUCCUGAUGGAUCUCCAAGAGAGGACGAAAGGGAAGGGGUUGAUAGUGAGUUGGGCCCCUCAAGAGCAGGUGUUGGCUCACCGAGCCGUCGGAGGGUUCUUGACUCACGGGGGUUGGAACUCAAUCAUGGAAAGUACACAUGCCGGGGUGCCCAUGAUUUGUUGUCCUGUUAUAUCCGACCAACAAGUGAACAGCAGGUUCGUGAGUGAAGUGUGGAGAGUGGGUUUGGACAUGAAAGAUAGGUAUGAGAGGUCAGUGGUUGAGCAGAUGGUAAGAGAUUUGAUGGAAGCUAAAAGAGACGAAAUCAUGACGAUGAUGGAUGGGGUUGCAGAGCAAGCUCGGGAGAGUGUUAAACAAGGUGGAUCUUCUUAUCGGAACCUGCAGAUAUUGAUCCAAGACAUCAAGUCGAUGACUACUUAAUUUAACUCCACCCUACUUAAAAGUUUUAAGUAUUUUAUUUUAUAAUACUAAUAUUUAAUUUAUUA